ACCAUUAUGGUUUGAAAGUAGCGAGACACUAAAUGCAUUCAAUCAUAUGUACUUAGGAUUUUUCCUUCAAAAUUACAUGCUUAAAUAAUUUUAUUGAUGAUCUUUCUAUUGAGUUACAGAUAUUUGGCCAUCUAAAUAUGAAUUUUGUCUUCAAUCUGAAAGCCUUUUAAAUUAUCUCUUAUUUGUCUUCUUGUUGUGGAUUACAUUUCAAGAUUAGGAAGAAAAAUGCAAGAAGCUGGAAUGUCAUCGUAUCUUUUCUGUUUUCUCAUGAAUGUACAUUUUUAUUGCUUUCAUUAAUCUCACGUCUAGAUUUAGCAGGUUGAGUUCCUUGAGUUCUUGUAUUUUGUGGGUCUUUCACCUUGGUAAAGUUUCAUUCCAAAACCAAGAAAAGCAUUAUGCCUUAAUAUUUUCAUCUAUUGUGCAUUUGGGGAGAUAGCGCCAUGGCUUUCAGGAAAAAUGUUUUAUGCAAAGAUGUCUGUGCAUUAUUUUAUUUUUAUAGCUAUUUCCAUAGGAUUUUUUCCUUUUCAAGAUAUUUUUCUUCACAUUUGGGGUCAUUGAUCUAGAGCAGAUUUAGAAGAAAGUCUGCAUUAGUUUAUUAUGAGGUGAGAGACUCAAGAUUUGAUCAUAGAAUUGUGAUGUGUUAUAAAAAAUGGUUGAGAUGAGUGAAAAAAAAUAAAAAUACACACUGAAACCUUUAAAAAUUAUAUAGUUUUAAUCUGCAGUAGGUAAAUAUGAAAACUAUUUUAACAAUAAUUAUUAUAUUAAUAUUUGUUAUGUUUACUAUAGGCCUGUCUAAAUAGAAGUCCUGUGAGGCUUAGGUGGGUUUGGUGGAAUUGACCUGCGUUCUUGUAGCAGCCUAAGCAGAAUUGGCUGCCGGCUGCUGUGUUCUUCCCUUUUUUCCCACCCCUCACUGCACAGCCCCACUCCUUUUGCUUUGUUGCUAGAUUACCGUGUGUUGGUUUCUGGGAACCAUUUAUAUGUUUGUGGAAAUGGAGGGGAGCACAAGAGUUUGUUGUUAGUUGAAUAUGCUGAAGUAGCUCAGCUCAGCUGCACACAGAGUCUUACAGCCAAGGCAAAGGAAAUACUCAGGACUUUGUGGCUGGGACAGGGUGAGAGGCUUGGGAUCCAGACAGCGGUGGGACUGGCUUUGUCUGAUGUGGAACCACAGCUUCUUCAGUUUAUCAUUUAUAUGAUGAGGGUUAAAACUGUUCAUUUGGUUGAGUCUUCAGCACUAAGGUUUAAACUGGGUCAAUACAGUGUAGUUUUGGAUAUGCAAGCAGCCUAUAAUGUGACAGGGUGAUCUGUGUAUUAGCUUUGUAUGUAUUAAUUUUCCAUAGUAACUCCUACUGUGUGGCACGUGCAAGGAAGACAAGUCAGUUCACACAAAGUAGGCUACUUGAGAUUUUUUGCAGCAGAAGUGUGUGUGCAGGAACUGCUAAUAGGGAAAAGGUGCCACACUAUAAAUUCACAUCCCACACUGCUGUCCUGUCAACUGUUCCUGUAUUCAGACCUUUAAAUUUAAUUAAGCUGCUAACUUUUCCAUUUCAGCCAGUAAAAACUUUGGGCAGAGGCUGCUCCAAUCUCACUGUACAUUAAGACUGCAAUGUAUACACUGGAAUUUUAUAAUCUUUUCAGACGUUAUUAUAAAAGUUGUGGAGGAUUUGAAAAUAAAAUGUGUUUUAUUUCUCUCUGAACCAAACUUGCAAAAAACAUCUGAAAAGCACUUUGAACUUGAGGAGAAAGUGGGAAUAAAAGUCAGUCUUUGAAGCUUUGUUGGUAUUUUUCUUACUACUUAGAGUUAAAAUACAAAUAAUAAAGGAUAAUCGUUUUGCCAUGAUUAUUCAGUAUCCUUUUAAAUUUCAACUGUCUUUCUGUCUGCAGAAGACUGCAGAUUGGUAGUGACUGGUAUAUUCUAGAGAAGCUAUUUCUAACUGUAGAGCUUGACUUUUAUGGAUGUAUUGGCUCACAUGAUUGGACCUUUAUUAUCUGUUUAAUCCAUUGUGGUGCGUGUGUGUUUACACUCGCAAUACCAUGAGAAUGCACUCAUUCUAUUAAAAAUGCUUUUGUGCCUGAAUGGGAUGGUCCUCAACCUGUCCAUCUUGUGGACCAGGUACAAGGAACAUGUUUCUAUUUUCUCUCUUCCUCCCUCUGACUUGCAAUAGUACAUGGCAUGUACAUCCAAGGCUACAGAGAAAAAAGCACUUUGAAUUUCUGACAACAUUGGGAAAGCAUUUUGCUUUUGAUUCAAAGUAAAGCAAUCCUAUUUAGAUAAAAAGGAGCGAAAAAUGUAUGCGGGAGAACUAGUAAUGCCUGCUUUCUCAGGGAUGUGUCCAGUAUCCCAAACUGUGCUGAACCUCAGUGUGCACAUGUGCUUGCUCUUGCCCCCUUGGUUCAGAACUAGCAGUAUUUCAUGGGGAAAAUAACCUGCAUGGCAAAUAUCCUGCAAAGGCAGAGCACAGAGUAGCCAUGUGACCACAGAGGAGCCAGGUGAGCACAGGUCAGCCAGCAGGCUGUAAGGAGCUGGGAACUGUCAAACUUGUAACACAGCGUUUCUGCCUGUGGUAUGAUGGACUUGUUCAUUUGAACUUGUUCUGCUCAGCACACCCCAAAAACUUCUAGGAGCUUCGGAUCUCUGAAACCUCCAGUUCUCUAAAGCUUGCUGUUAGGAGGAGUGAUUGGCAGAAAAAGAGUGACUACUUAAGCCCUACUUCGUCAGGAUGACGUAGCUUUGCCAAGGAUUUAUCAGCUAAGCAGAAAAUGAGCUUAACAUCCUGGUUUUUGGUGAGCAGUGGAGGCACCCGCCAUAGGCUGCCACGAGAAAUGAUUUUUGUUGGAAGAGAUGACUGUGAGCUGAUGUUACAGUCACGAAGUGUGGACAAGCAACAUGCUGUACUUAAUUAUGAUGCCUCUACAGAUGAACACUUGGUGAAGGAUUUGGGCAGCUUGAAUGGGACAUUUGUGAACGAUGUAAGGAUUCCAGAACAGACAUACAUCACUCUGAAGUUAGAAGAUAAACUGAGAUUUGGAUAUGAUACUAAUCUUUUUACUGUCGUCAGGGGAGAGAUGAGAGUCCCCGAAGAAGCACUUAAGCAUGAAAAAUUUACAAGCCAACUCCAGUUAUCCCAAAAAUCUUCAGAGACAGAAGGGUUGAAGCAAGCUGGCUCCAAAAGCUCAGAGUCCAAGGUAGCAGACUCCACAGCUGAAGUACACCACAAAACUACAGAAGCACUGAAAUCUGAAGAGAAAUCAAUGGAUCUUUCUGCCAUGCCUCGUGGGACACCUUUGUAUGGACAGCCAGCCUGGUGGGGUGAUGAUGAAGCUGAUGAGAAAAGUGGUUGUAAGCCAGAUAGCAAGCAUGAAGAGAAAAUACAGGAGACAGGGGCUUCAGGAUGCAGCACAGAUGCCAAGCAAGCUGAGGAGCAAUCUGCAGCUGCAAGUGAAGAACUUUAUCCUUUCUGUAGGGAGCCGAGUUAUUUUGAAAUCCCUACGAAAGAAUUCCAGCAACCUUCACAGGUAGCAGAGAGCCCUAUUCAUGAAAUUCCAACAAAAGACACCCAAAACUCCCAUGCAACAGGUGCAGGUCAUGCUUCCUUUACCAUUGAAUUUGAUGACAACACUCCAGGAAAAGUAACAAUCAAAGAUCACGUGACAAAAUUCACAUCGGAACAGCGUCACAAGUCAAAAAAGCCUUCUUCCUCCAGUGGUCAGGACCUACCUGGACUUCAAACGGUGAUGAUGGCUGCAGAGAGCAAAGUAGCAGAUUGGCUAGCACAGAACAAUCCUCCUAGGAUGAUAUGGGAACCAACAGAGGAGGAUUCCAAAAGUAUUAAAAGUGACGUUCCAGUGUACUUGAAGAGACUGAAAGGGAAUAAGCAUGAUGAUGGUACACAAAGCGAUUCAGAAAAUGCUGGUGCACACCGGCAUUACAGUAAGCGGGCAGCACUUGAAGAACAUUUAAGGCAUCAUCAUGCAGAGCUGAAAAAGUCACACCAGAAAGUCCAUUCCACAGACAAGCAGGAUGAGCAAGCUGGAUUGAGUCAGACUGCCUUUAUGAUUGAGUUCUUUGAUGAAGACCAUCCUCGAAAGAGACGUUCUUACUCUUUUUCUCAGAACGUAGGAGCUCUGUGCCCAGAGUCGCCAUCUCCAACACCUCACGCACGAGCUGAAAGAGGGAAACCUACAUCAGGAGAGAAAGCAGUCCCUUCAUCUGUGCAGGCUAGCUCAUCACAUCACAGAGCAGUACAUGGUGUUCAUGCAAAACUUUUAAAACAAAAAUCAGAAGAACCCUCUGCUGCAUUACCUGUCUUACAAGCUGCAUUGCUAAGGAGUUCAGGAAGCCUUGGCCAUAGGCCUAGCCCAAACCAGGAGAUGGACAAAAAGUUGAAAAGCCAACAUUUUGCUGCUGCUGCUGAAAAGGACAAUGAGGAUGACCAGAGUGACAAAGGUACUUACACUAUUGAGUUGGAAAAUCCCAAUUCUGAAGAAAUGGAAGCCCGUAAAAUGAUUGACAAGGUAUUUGGAGUGGAUGACAGCCAGGAUUAUAAUAGGCCUGUAAUCAACGAGAACCAGAAAGAUUUAGUAAAAGAUUGGGCUAUAAAUUCUGCUACAGUAGUGCUGGAAGAAAAAAGACCACUGAGUACAACUGGAUUUCUUGACACAGAGGAAGGUUCUACUGCCCCUGGAAGUAAACGUUGGGUAUCACAGUGGGCCAGUUUGGCUGCUAAUCACACACGUCAUGAACCAGAUGACAUCAGAUUGGAGUCGUCUGUGCCUGCUCCAUUAGAAAAUGACACAGACAUCAGUGAGUCUGGUAUUUCUGUUAGAAGCACUGGUUCAGCUGCUUCUGUGACCAGCCAAGGUGAGCGAAAGAGGAGGACACUUCCACAGCUUCCAAAAGAGGAGAAAGUGAAUGAAAGCUCAAAAGCAAAAACUACAUCUCAUCAGAGAUCAGAAAUAGGUGAAAAGCAAGACACUGAACUUCAGGAGAAAGAAGCUCCAGCUCGUGCCUCUGAUGCUGACAGCAGAAUUAUAGCGAAGUCAAGCAGAACAAUGAAUGGUCUUUCACCCAAAGCUACUGGAGACAAAGUUUUUUCUUUUCCCAGCUCUUCCAGUAAAGAGAGAGUUGAAACUGGCAGAGAAACUUCUGUGGUGAAACAAGCUUUAGCAAAAAUUCAGCAACAAGAAAGAAAGGAGCAAGGACAUUGGACCCCCACAAAAUUAUCCUCUACAAAAUCUGCUGCAAACCAGGUUGAGAAGCGUAGGGAGGAGAUUGCUGUGUCACCCAAAACUUUGGAUAAUCAAGACAAAGCUCCUGGACAUGUUACAGAUAAAGCAGAAAUGAAGUUGGCGCAGAGUGAGGGAAAAAGAAGGAAGAAUGAGGAAACUGUUAAAGCACAAAGUCCUAAAGCAGCUGGAGGAGAAAAAAAGGAAUCUUCAAAACCAUUAGUGAGGCAAGGUAGCUUUACAAUAGAUAAGCCUAGCACAAAUAUACCUAUAGAACUUAUUCCUCACAUUAAUAAGCAAAGUGGAUCUGCUGCCCCUUUAGCAUCUGCAAACAGGAUGCAUGACAGAAGUGAUUCAAUAGAUACUGAUUCUAGUCUAGAUACAACACUAAUUUUAAAAGAUACAGAAGCUGUAAUGGCUUUCCUUGAAGCUAAAUUGCGCGAAGAAAAUAAAACUGAUGAAGGUCCUGAGACACCUAGCUAUAACAGAGAUAAUUCCAUAUCACCAGAAUCAGAUGUAGAUACAGCCAGCACAAUCAGUCUCGUUACUGGUGACACUGAAAGAAAAUCCACACAGAAGCGGAAGAGCUUUACAACCUUAUAUAAAGAGAGAUGUUCCUCUGGUUCCCCUUCCAAGGAUGUUUUAAAAUCUUCUGCAACAAGUGCCAGAGAAAAGAUGGAAAAGAAAACUAAAAGUCGAUCUUCAGAUGGUGGUUCUAGAGCUGAUGCUCGUAAAGCUGUGCAGUCCAGUGGAAGAAUGAGACAACCAUCAGUGGAUUUGACAGAUGAUGACCAAACAUCUAGCGUACCUCAUUCUGCCAUUUCUGAUAUCUUAUCAUCUGACCAGGAAACCUACUCUGGCAAAUCAUACGGAAGAGUUCCAUUUGCCUCAGCAGAUGAACUUUUACAUUCCAAAAUGGAAGGAAAGUCAGCUAAAUCAAAAACCUCUCCUGUUGCACUUGGGCAGUCUAGUAAAUCUACCACUCUUCCAAGACCUCGUCCUACGAGGACUUCUCUUCUGCGCAGAGCACGACUCGGUGAAGCUUCAGAUAGCGAGCUUGCUGAUGCUGAUAAGGCUUCAGUGGCUUCUGAAGUGUCCACUACAAGUUCUACAUCAAAACCUCCAUCAGGGAGGAGAGCUAUUUCCAGAAUAGACUUACUUGCUCAACCUCGCAGAACUCGACUUGGCUCUUUAUCAGCACGUAGUGAUUCUGAAGCAACAAUAACUAGAAGCACUGCCUCAUCUCGUACCCCAGAAGCUAUUAUCAGAAGUGGUGCAAGGUUAACAUCAGCAGGAGAUAGUAGUAAAGUUUCUGCUAGAACUCGAGCCAAUAGCAUUUCUCGACUUUCAGAUUCAAAAUCCAAAUCUUUGGCUUCAGCUCAUAAUUCUCCCUCAGUAAGCGCAAGAUGGAGGCGCUUUCCUACAGAUUAUGCUUCCACCUCAGAAGAUGAAUUCGGAUCAAACCGUAAUUCUCCUAAACAUACCCGUCUACGUACUUCUCCAGCCCUGAAAACCACACGACUGCAGAGCACUGGGACAGCAGCGCAAAGCAGCAAUACAUUCAAGCACAGAAUAAAGGAGCAGGAAGACUACAUUCGUGACUGGACUGCUCACCGAGAAGAAAUAGCAAGGUCUGACACAGGAAGCAGUAGAAAUCUGCAAGGCAACCUACAGUUGAGACAGAGUAAAUGGAUCAGUCAAGAUCUGGCUCUCAUCGCACGGGAAAUCAACGAUGUAGCAGGAGAGAUAGAUUCAGUGACUUCAUCAGGCACUGCCCCCAGUACCACAGUAAGCACUGCUGCCACCACCCCUGGCUCUGCCAUAGACACUAGAGAAGAGGUAGGAGAUCUUCAUGGAGAAAUGCAUAAGUUGGUUGACAGAGUGUUUGAUGAAAGUCUCAAUUUUAGAAAAAUUCCUCCACUAGUGCAUGCCAAACCACCAGAGGGGAAUGGUCGGACUAAUGAUCCUAGACCUCAGCUAACAGAUGCACUUGAUCCCCCAACAAUUACCCGGAGAAGGACUUGGAGCAGAGAUGAGGUUAUGGGGGACAGUUUGCUAUUGUCCUCAGUCUUCCAGUUUUCUCGCAAGAUACGACAAUCCAUAGACAAAACAGCUGGCAAAAUCAGAAUACUAUUUAAGGACAAAGACAGAAAUUGGGAAGAAAUUGAAAACAAGUUGCGAGCUGAAAGUGAAGUUCCUAUUGUGAAAACAUCGAGCAUGGAAAUAUCAUCAAUCUUGCAGGAACUGAAACGAGUUGAGAAACAGCUGCAAGCAAUUAAUGCUAUGAUUGACCCUGAUGGUACCCUGGAUGCUCUGAGCAACUUGGGCUUCGCCAGCCCCAUCUUACCAGCUCAGUCGAAGCUGAAGUCCAGUCCCGUUUCGCAAAGUACCCGCCCCCAAGUGCAGCCAAACUGCCAGCCUGAAGCUCGAGCUGUUAGACCCGCCGCCGGCCCUGUUGCAGCUGAGUUUGAGAAUGCUGAAUCUGAGUCAGAUUUCAGCAUACAUUUCAAUAGGUUUAACCCAGAUGGAGAAGAGGAAGAUGCCACUCUGCGAGAGUGACAUCUCAGUGUUAAUACAAAUACCUUUCACGUGGAAUGUUUAGGAAAAAUGAAAAAAUAUAAUAUUGGUUUUAUAAUUUAAAAAAAAAAAAAAAAGAAGAAAAAGGCUUGGUCAAACAGCAGUUGUUUUAUUAAACCAGUUUUCUUUAACUGUGAUGCUUUGACUGUCACACAAAUCCUUGUCAAAUCAUAAAGAUACACCUAGAUACCAGUGUAGGAAAGCAGAUUGUGGCAGGUUUGCCCUUUGUGGUUGUGUGCUUUGCAAAAGAAUUGUUAUAUCAGCAGUUUUCCUGUAAUAGAUUUAUUUCUUUUGAAAAGCCAUUGCAAGCAGUCUAACAUUUAAUGUUACUGAAACCCCAGAUCUCUUUGCCAAGCUGCUCUAAUGAAUGGACUUCGUCCUCUAAAGUUACAUUUAAUUCUGAAUUAGAUGAUUUAUGCAGGAAACAUUAUCUUUGACUACAGUGACACAUUACUGCAAAAGUUAAGACAGAUUUCAGAAAGCAUUCAUCCUUGUAUACAGAAAAUCUCACACAGUUCUGUGAUUUCUAUAACCUUGUUACUGCAUAAAUUGUCUUGGGGAUUAUGAAGUUCACAUAUUAUGUUUGCACUAAGAUUUGCUGGGAGUGAUAGGUGAACAUAUCAAUAUCAUCAAACAGCAAGCAGUGUUUGGGUGUACAUAGAAAACUGGUAAUACUGUACUUGUAUUAUCAUUGCAGUGUUUUAAUCCACUUUCUGAAAGGACUAUUUGGCACUUUUUGAUCUUCUUCAACUGUCUUUUUGAUGUUAAUGAAAGUAGAAGUAUUUCAUAUCUCAUUUCUGUCCAAAUGUUUGUUGACACUAGGAAACAACUUUAAGCAUACAGCAACAUGGGACAUUUUCAAGCAUAUUAAGGCAAAUGGGCUCUCACCAAUUCAAAUGCAACGCAAGCUUAUGGAAGAAAUUACUGUUCCUCGGAGUGAUCAUGAGAUGUAAAAUUUUCUGUAGGGGAGUUGGAAAUAGAGUUGUCGUAAUUUGUUUGAUUGAUAGAUGCACUCCCAAGCAAAUUAUUUUAUUUGCUUAUGUAUAUUUUCCUGUAGUCUUGCUAGUAAAGCUGUCUCUGUCUUACAUAUUUAAAAGGAUUCUGGAAGACAACUGCUAACAUAGACAUUUUGCGUAUACCACUGAAAAGCAGGUCUGUUUAAAGUUUCCUAUAUAAGCCUAUUUUCCUUAUAAGUUGUCCCAGUAACUUAACAUUUGGAAAUAAUAAUAAGAAGAAAAAUAAAUUACUUUGUAUUUCCAGAACACUGUAAUUUGGAGGAAUGUUCUUUCUGUUAAAUGUAACUAAUAGACUGGAAUUUUCGUAUGUUUGCAUCAGUCUCUAUAUAUUAAGGUUAAAGAUACAGUUUUGCAGCUUUUAUGAAAUGGUCUUUAAUAUUUCAGCAAUAAUCCUGUAUGACAUUUGUUUAAAAAAACCUACUUUCUGUACACUUUUAAAUUGUACAGGCUUUCAGAAGUCAGUCGAAGUUGGACCAGUUAAUAAAAAUGCAAAAACUUUUUUUGUAGAGAUGUAAAAACAAAACCACUAAUCUGUUGUAUAAUGGAUUUCAUAUUUUCUUUAAAAAAAUUAAAAGCAAACAGCCUUCAUGUGUGACUCAAUAUGCUCUACUCAGCUAACUGUGGCAGCCUGGACUACGUGAGUUUACAGAGGCUAUGUGAAAAGUUUUAGGAGGUGCAGAAGGGCAAAACUAAAUUGAAACUAGAGCGAGGUGUUGAAAACUGAGUGUACCAAACCAUCGCCAUAGUUCCUUCUUUCGUUUAAUGCUUGGGAACAUAAUUUUUCCGCAGACUCGAGUGGAAAGUAGAAAAUGGCAAGGAAGGAUUAAAGGUGCAGGCUCUUCAUGCGAGAUUCUGUUUUUGUUCUUUCAGGCCUUUAUACCUUUACGUUCUGUAAUAAGCAUUUUGCAUUACUAUGUUCUUAUUUUGUAUGAACAUGUUCUCCUUAUUUAUUUUUGUUACAUUUAUUAUGUAUGUUAUUUUGUUAUAUGCAUUUACAACUCCAUUUUUAAAUAAAGUGUUUCUGGAACUUUA